AUGAGGUGAGUAAUACAAAUAAAUCGUUAGAAAAACCAAAAAAAAAACGAUCCCAUGAGUUUGACUCUUAUCACAUUCUUCUCGCCGCCUUUUUUCUGCCUAUGACGUUUUUUUAUGAAAAUUUUUUGUUUAUAAGCUUUCCAAUUUCACGAUUUUCUCACAUUUUUUUAAAAUUUCCAAUUUCUAAUUCCUUAAUUUUUAUUUUUAAAAUAAUCAAAUUUCAGAAAGAAAAACAUGUCGCACUACGGAGGAGGUCACGGAGGAUACGGAUACGGAGCUCCACCGCACGGAGGACCAUACGGAGGACCACAUCACGAUUCACAUAACGGAGGACACCACGGGCCCCCACCACACCACGAUUCUCACCACGGAGGUGGCCACAUUCCGGUUCACGGAGGGCAUAACGGUGGGCACUACGUAGCGCAUAACGGUGGGCACUACGUAGAGCAUAACGGAGGACAUCACGGAGGACCACCACACCACGAUAGUCACUUCGGAGGGCACCACGGAGGGCAUCACGGAGGGCACCACUAA